CAGGGCUGUGGUUGCACAAGAAAAGGAAAGACCUGCAGGAGCAGUGCAGGACAGGCAAAGGAGGGGACAUCUCAACAUGGAAAAGCUCUACAUGGAAAAUGAAGGAAAGCCGGAAAGCGAGGGAAAGCCAGAAGAUGAAGUAGAUACAGAGGAUGAAGGAAAGUCAGACGGGAAGGAAAAGCCAGAAGUGGAGGGGAAGCCAGGGCACGAGGGAAAGCUCCAAGAUCAAGGACAGCCAGAUGAUGAGGGGAAACAAGAAAAGCAGAGCAAGUCCCAGGGUGAGGGAAAAGCUCGCAGUGAGGGCAAGCCAGAACCCCAGGCCAAGCCAGAACCCCAGGCCAAGCCAGAGAGCCAGCUGCGAGCUGCCGAAAAACGCCCGGCUGAAGAGUAUGUGCCCCGGAAAGCAAAGCAAAAAACGGACAGGUGGACGGAUGAUUCCCUCAAGGACUAUCAGGAGGACUUACAGAAAAGGCAUUUGGGCAUUGAGGAGAGGAUGAGAGAAUGUGGAGAUGUAGCAAGGGCUCAGGAAGAGCUAAGGAAAAGACAGAAAACAGGUAGUUUUCACUGGAUGCAAAGAGAUGUACAGGAUCCAUUCUUCCCAAGGGGCCAGCGGGGUGUCAGGGGAGUGAGGGGUGGAGGUAGAGGCCACAAAGACUUUGAAGACAGUCCAUAUAUUUAAUGCCUUUGGCCUUUAAAUCAAUUUCUCUGAUGGGAAUAUUGCCAACCCUGCUUUCCCUGGCAGGCAUUUGCCAGGCGAUGUGCUUUAACUUCAUGCUGAUACUUCACAUUAGGCAUCACCCUUGUUACCAGCAGCCUUUUGAUCCAACUACACAGUGCUCUCUGUUUUAG